UCUGCCCGCCCGGGCCGGGUACGGGAAGGUCCAAGCCGCCGCCGGGUGCCCGAGGGCCGUCGUGGCCGCCGCCACGGGUCCCGAUGGAGCCGCCGAACCUCUAUCCGGUGAAGCUCUACGUGUACGACCUGUCCAAGGGCCUGGCCCGGCGACUCAGCCCCAUCAUGCUGGGGAAACAACUGGAAGGCAUCUGGCAUACCUCCAUAGUUGUGCACAAGGACGAGUUCUUCUUUGGCAGUGGUGGGAUCUCCAGCUGCCCGCCGGGAGGGACAUUGCUUGGGCCCCCAGACUCUGUGGUUGAUGUGGGCAGCACAGAAGUCACAGAAGAAAUCUUUCUGGAGUACCUGUCCUCCCUGGGGGAGUCUCUGUUCCGAGGGGAGGCCUACAACCUCUUUGAACACAACUGUAACACCUUCAGCAACGAAGUGGCACAGUUCCUGACCGGGCGGAAAAUCCCUUCUUACAUCACUGACCUGCCCUCUGAAGUCCUCUCCACGCCCUUCGGACAGGCACUUCGGCCCCUCCUGGACUCCAUCCAGAUCCAGCCUCCUGGGGGGAGCACCGUGGGCAGACCCAACGGCCAGAGCUAACAGGACCGCCUGGGACCGCCCUGCCUCACCAGGGCUUUUCCUUUUUAAACAAAACAAACCCUACCAGAUUUCUAUUUUAUAAUUUUACAUCAGAGCUAACAACCAGGGGACGGCUUUUUAAAUAUCCCAGGGAAGGAGAUCACCAGGCUGCACAUGGGACAAUGCUGCUAAGGAGCAGAACAAAAUGCCACCCCUUCCAAUAGUAUUACACUAAUUUAUUAAGGCUGUCUUGUCUGUGAGUUCACUUUUGACGCUGUUUCCUAAGCGUCCUCCACACUGGAGAAGGGGGGUUGGUUAAGUAGCAAGCAAGAGGCACAAUGUGGGGAGCCCCCGCCUGGAAGUUCUUUCCAGAGAACACCCACGCUGCACCCAGCUUGCCGGCACCUGUGGGGGCCAGGUGAGUCCGGCCACAUCUGUGCCCCGGGAGCAGUUACCCCCUAGAGUUAAGUGAACCAAAGGAUUUGGCGCACGGUGACUAGCCCAGCAUAAGUGAACUCAGCUACGACCUCGCUCGCUUCCCUCCCCAACCCCAGCAAAGCUGUGGGGCCAGAGCUGGAGCAACCAGUACCUCAGGACUGAGGGAGAGUGACAGCAAGGACCAGAGCAGAGCAAACAGGACAAAGCCAUUCCUCCUCGCACCGAACUGAUGGCCAGUGUGCACCAUCAGUUCUGGAAAACCUGCCUGGCCGCCCUCAGACCACUCCCUCAGCACAGCCGACCUGGCACAGCUGGCGAAGGUCUGGGCUGCAGGGCGGAAGCCAAGCCUUGUGCUGCAAAUCCUGGUGCAGGUCAUCUGUCGCCCCUGUGACCACCGUCCAGACUGACACGCAGACUGCAGCUGGGGACCAAGAGGGCUGGCGCCCGGCUCUAGAAAAAUAUCUCUGACGUAGAAAGAAUUAAUGGUGCAGAAUCCAGGUGGCAGGAAAGCUUAGAGCUGUUUCCGCUGGAAACUUGACCCUGUCCUGACUGUGUCCCGAAGCACCUGUUAUCGCAUUGUCAUUCCGACUCGGGAAGCACGAGUGGGCGUUCUCCCGAGGACUUGCUGCUGGGAGUCUGAGCUGAAGAGACCCUUGCGUUCCCUCCUGUCACGUGAGCCUCCCUCCCGUCAGUCGGACUUGGAGGAGGACGUGAGGGGACGGGACCCAGGCAGCCUGAGUCAGCCCCGGCGUACUCACGGCCCUCCUGCUCGGCUCCUGCGCUUCGCAGACUUGAGCUGUGCUGCUCCACCCCAGAAAGCUGCUGCCGUCUCUGGCCCCGUCCCCUGCCACCUUUGCCAUGAGCCAUAGCAGUUGACCUCAUCAGGGGCUCAGCUAAAGGAAGGGGGGUGCCUUCUGCCUUAGUGUUGCUGGGACCUCGCUGGGGGCACGUCCAGCCAGGACGUCAAGUGACGCUUUAGAACUGUAAGAUUGGAGCAUCUUUAGUUUUUCUCAAGAUGCAGUCACUGAUUCAGUGUGCAUGGCAGUGAUCAACUGGAGCAAACACUGGCAGGGACCGUUGUUUGUUGGUCCUCGUAGCAGGCUCGGGUCCCCAGAGGGUGGGUUUCAGAGGUGGGUUUCCUCUGGGAGGGGCAGGGUGUUGGUCGAGGCCAUCACUCUGCUUCCCACCAGCUCCUUCCUUUUCCAGCGUUCCUCGUCCGGCCCCUCGCCCCCCGGGCUCCUGCUCCAGACCUCUCCCCUGUCUCCACAGGUACUGGGCUUUCUCCUCUCCCACAUCCAGGCGCAGCCAGUUGGCUCCUUCCUGCAGUCUCCCUCAGGCCCAGCGCUGUUCUGAAAAGUUAGCCCAAGUGACACCCCUAGAGAGUCGGAGUCACCCCGUUCAUGCCCAGCAGCAUCCGUGCCAAUGCCUGUGCCCUGGUGCUUGUGGGGAGAUGGAGGGGCCAUGAGCACUCCUGCCAGGGCUUUGCAGGAAGGCAGGCCCCACCGUCGCUGACUGGAAGCCCAGGCUCAGGCUCGGACCUCGCCUGCCCCGUCCUCACCUUCCGCUGUCUCGCCCAGAACCUCAGGAGCGUGUUCAUUGUGACCAGCUAACUCCCCAUGGGCGUGGACAGGCAGAGUGGAACGGGGUCGUGUACUUGUGUCAGAGUGGACACCUCCAUAGAGGUCCAUUGGUUAAAAGGGACAGGGAAGGAGGGGGGAUGAGGCCGUCAGCCCUUCCCUGAGAUAAAGCUUGUAAAUGAGAUUUGUUCAUGCCCUCGAAGUCAGACUGAUAACUGUGUCUAGUAUGGAGGUGUUUGCUGGUUUCCUUUGAUGUUUUUUCUAAUGCAAUAAACUCACAUCUGC